UAAUGCAUUGGCGGUAAGCAAUGGUAGUUAGAAUUCUUUAAACAAUCUGAAUAAGUCAGAAGCAUGGCUUUUAUCGGUAGGAACAUUCGGGUUUUCUUCCUUUGUACUGUAGUAUUUUACGACAAAUUCGCUAUAGAGGCUACUAUCGUAAGAGGACAUUCGCGCUCCUCGAGGGCUCUUUUAUUCCCCGCGUCCAGUACCGCAGGCAUAUUCGUGGCCUUAGCUAUACCGAUCGAUUUACCGAACCGUAAUGUAUUUCUCUCCUACAACUUUGAAGCCAAUUACAACUUGCCAUUUGAAGGAUGGCAUUACAUACCAGGACCACUUCUCGGAUUUGAAUAUGAAUCAGAACCGUCAGCGACGGAAGAUGGCGAGGCGAGUGAAGGAAGAAAAAUUAAUAAUGAUAAAAACUCUACAAUUGUGAUAUCUGAAACUAACCGCAAACAUAAGAAGAAAAAGAAAUUCACUUCGAAAGUGAAUAAGGAGAGGAAAACUAAACGAAAUGCAGCAGUCUCUUUAAUUUCACGUGCACAUAUUUACAAAAUAUUCGAGGAAAAGUUUAAACAUUCUGGCUUCAAAGGGAAACCUUGCCUAUUACGAACAAUUUGUGAAGUGAAUUGGCUGGAUUUCGGAUCUAAUAAUGGAGUUUAUGGCGAUAUUCUACAUAUAAUAUUCAAGCCGACUAGUACAGAGAAUGAAGAACUUCCUGAAGAAUACUACCUUGCAGAAUUGAAUGGCCUUUCAGAUCGUUGUAGUGUUUAUUAUAAAAUGUGCCCUAAAAGUGUCCUUAAGUUAAUAUCAAGAGAAUAUUUGUGAUUUAAGUAAUAC